CGGCUGCCGCAGCUGAAGGGGGGGCACACGGUUCCCUGCGCCCAGGCAGCUGCGGUGAGCUAACGCCCCGAAAUAGCCCCAGGGCCCCCUGCCGCAGCUGCCACUGGACUCGGCUGUCACUCAGAGGAAGCGUGGAGCCCCCAGCCCGAGGGUCUUCUCCCCUCCGCAGCCCCAGGGCUUCUCCAGCCCACCGUCCCAGCUGCUUUCCCUUCCGACGGCUCCGGAGAGGCGGAGCUCCAGCGGGGGCGGUGCCCGGGGGGUGGGCACAGGGGGCGGCCGCGCCCCCCGGCCCCGCGGUGCUUCUGCCCCUACAAGGUUCGGGCCGCGGUGGGGGAGGGUCCCGGUCCCCGGCUCCGCCCGGUCCCUCCCCGCCUUUUAGGCGCCCGCGCGGCUGGGACAUCCCAGUCCGGCUUGGUCCUCCUUGCCCGCCGCCCGUGCCCCCGGUCCGCGCAGCCAGCCCAGUCCGCCUAGUCCGCACCGCCCGUCGGCCCGCCCCCCACCGCAGCCAUGGACGCCAUCAAGAAGAAGAUGCAGAUGCUAAAGCUGGACAAGGAGAAUGCCAUAGACCGCGCCGAGCAGGCCGAGGCCGACAAGAAGCAAGCUGAGGACCGCUGCAAGCAGCUCGAGGAGGAGCAGCAGGCCCUCCAGAAGAAGCUAAAGGGGACUGAAGACGAAGUGGAAAAGUAUUCUGAAUCAGUAAAGGAUGCCCAGGAGAAACUGGAGCAGGCCGAGAAGAAGGCCACCGACGCUGAGGCAGAUGUGGCCUCCCUGAACCGCCGCAUUCAGCUGGUAGAGGAGGAGCUGGACCGGGCGCAGGAGCGCCUGGCCACAGCCCUGCAAAAGCUGGAGGAGGCUGAGAAGGCAGCUGAUGAGAGUGAAAGAGGAAUGAAGGUCAUUGAGAACCGGGCCAUGAAGGACGAGGAAAAGAUGGAGCUGCAGGAGAUGCAGCUGAAGGAGGCCAAGCACAUCGCUGAGGACUCAGACCGCAAAUAUGAGGAGGUGGCCAGGAAGCUGGUGAUCCUGGAAGGUGAGCUGGAGCGCUCAGAAGAGAGAGCUGAGGUGGCUGAGAGUAAAUGUGGGGACCUAGAGGAGGAGCUGAAAAUUGUUACCAACAACUUGAAAUCCCUGGAGGCCCAAGCAGACAAGUAUUCCACCAAAGAGGAUAAAUAUGAAGAGGAGAUCAAACUGCUGGAGGAGAAGCUGAAGGAGGCUGAGACCCGAGCAGAGUUUGCUGAAAGGUCUGUGGCAAAGUUGGAGAAAACCAUCGAUGACCUGGAAGACGAAGUCUAUGCACAGAAGAUGAAGUACAAGGCCAUCAGCGAGGAGCUGGACAACGCACUCAAUGACAUCACCUCCCUCUGAGCCCCACACCACUGUGGUCUCCUCAGCCCCCUUCUCUCCUCUCCUUUCUGUUCCCUCUCUGGGGAGGGGAGCAGGCAGGAAGAGCAAAAAUCGUUGACGUUGCACAGUCAGGCUUGGUGCAGCCUAGGGAGAGCCCCUAUCACAUCUACUGCCACCCUGGCACUUGCUUCAUCCUAUCCAUCACUUCCCCCUCAACGGCUGGCAUCACCUCUCUCUGCUGCUUAAUAAAUUCUCAAUUUGGUCUCCAUGCUGUUUUCCUGCCCUCCAGAGAGCACUGCCAUCACCCCCAUGGAGCACUAGUUCACUCUUGAGAACCCUGGCUCUUACAGACACCCCCAAUAAUGUGACCCCCUCCCCACUGAGCUCUCUCACAAGCACCGUGGCCCACACCAAUAUCCCCUCCCUGCACUCUGCCUCUCGCUGCUGCAUGUGGGCAUGUGUGACCCCCCAUCAAGCACCGCAACCCCCACUGGUGCCUCUGAGACUUGCCCUUCUGCAGACCCCAGGCCUGUCACUGACCUUGGAGCACUUAGCUGGGUUUCCAGGAGUUAAUGGAAUGCUGGGAAGGGAAGUGGGAGGAGGGGCAGGGGAGGUACAAGAAGGGUGCGAAAGGUCUGGGAUGAAGUUCGGAAAAACGUUGGAUGCCAGCAAUAUGGGGCUUUCACUGCAGCUGCAGGUCUGUUUCUGCCUCAUGUCUGUCUAUCUGUCCAGCCCUCCCUUUCCUGGCUCAGUCUUUGUCUCUGUUUCCAAGUUUCUUAAACCUUAUAAGAAGACCAAAUUAGUUUAUGACUCAGGCUUCCCAUCCCACCUCCCUGGUCCCUGCCCCCACCCAGAGGCCCUGACGGAGGUGCCCGGUGUCUGUCCUGUUCCCUUUGUCCUGGUCAACCCAUCCAUUUGCCCCUGCCUUGGGGCCCUCAGAGCCCUGAGUCCUUGCCUCCCUGUGUCUCCAUGUCUGUCACCUCCCCCAUGUCUCCCCUUCAUGCUCCCCCUCGUGCCUCCCUCCCCCUCCUCACGUGCUGCUUCCCC